AUGCGCAUGUUUGCGCUUCUUCAGCCACCACUCUCGGAAGCAUCACUACAAGGCGUUCUAUACACAAGGACUAGGCACACGUUUCUUGUCGUCGUCGCAGUGAUGCUCGAAAUGCUACUGCAGCAUUUGCUCUUUGCGAUGCUUCCCAACCCAGCCAUAAGCCCACUUCUGUAUAAGUUGCCGGUCCUCUCGCUCCGGUGGAAGCUCUCGAGGUGCCCUUUUCACCAGGUUGGCAUUUCGAUGAGAUUCACCGUGUUCGAAUUCCACUCGCACCUUGUCCUGGCUCUUGGCGCGUUUCUAAAAGCAGGCACUCUUCAACUAGGCACCCUCUUGCCUGGUGCUUGUCGUCAUCCUCUUGGUCCCAGUAGUGUUCUCCUCCGGCCCGCUCCGGCUCUAUUUGGUCAUGCCUCUCCCAUGUGGACAGGCGAAGGCUUUCUGGCGCCUAGUGCUUGCCUCCUUCCCUAG